AGUUGUAGCCGCUCCUUCGCCGCCGCCGCUGCUUCUUCUUCUUCUUCCUCUGAUUUUAUUAAUUCCCCCCGCAAAAUUUUAACUAAUUACAGUGGAGUCCUCGUAGAUGGAAAAGAAGCAAGGAUUCUUCACGGCGAUGAGGGAGGAGUUGGCGAAGGCGUGGAGGUGCGUGUCGUCGGAUCUCUCUCGGCGGCCACUUCCUCCAAUGGCGGAGCACCUCCUCCUCCUCUCGCGGCGGUGGAAGCGUCUCGGGGCUGUGGAGGAUCCGGCGCUUCUGAGGUUGGGCGGCCUGGCGCCGCUGAUGGAGGGGCCGGAUACCGGGGAGGAGGCAGAGUGGGACAGCGCGCGGAAGGAAUGUGGGUGGGGGCAGUGGGCGUGGGUCCGACUGCCAUGGCCACCUUCUGGAUCCGGCUCCGGCCGCCGGUCGGAUCUACUGCUCAUGCUCGGAGUCAUUGCGUCGCCUCUCGGCCCCGUCCAUGUUUCCUACGCCGAGAUGCCUCCUCACCUUGGCAUCAAGGAUACCCCAAUUGAAACCUCUUCGGCACAGUACAUAUUGCAGCAGUACACAGCUGCAUCAGGAGGUUUCAAGUUGUUGAGCUCGAUCAAGAAUUCUUAUGUGAUGGGGAAGGUGAGGAUGGUAGCAACUGAGUUAGAGACAGCUACCCGAGUCAUCAGGUAUAGGAAUUCUUCUAGAGAUGCUGUAUCUGGUGGCUUUGUGCUAUGGCAGAUGGUGCCUGAAAUGUGGUACAUGGAGCUCUCUGUCAGCGGCAGUAAGAUUCAUGCCGGUUGCAAUGGCAAACUCGUUUGGCACCACUCGCCAUGGGUCGGUGCCCAUGCAGCCAAGGGCCCUGUUCGACCACUACGUCGAGCUCUUCAGGGUCUUGAUCCAUUGACCACAGCAACCAUGUUCACCAAUGCGUUAUGCAUUGGGGAGAAGAAUGUUAAUGGGGAAGAUUGCUUCAUCCUCAAGCUAUGUGCAGAUCCACAAACUCUCAAGGUAAAGAGUGAAGGACAUGUUGAAGUUAUUAGACAUGUCUUAUUUGGUUACUUCAGUCAGAGAUCUGGGCUUCUCAUCCAUAUGGAGGAUUCACGUCUCACUCGAAUCCAUGCAAAUAUUGGUGGCGAUUCUGUGUAUUGGGAAACUUCAAUCAACUCCUCCAUCAAUGAUUACCGGCCAGUUGAGGGGAUUAUGAUUGCUCACUCUGGUCAUUCAGUCAUUACCCUUUUCCAGUUUGGGGAAGUAGCCUUGAGUCACACCAAAACCAGAAUAGAGGAGGCUUGGACUGUUGAUGAGGUGGCCUUUAAUGUCCCUGGGCUUUCUGUGGAUUGUUUCAUACCUCCAGCUGAUAAUAAGUUUGGGUCUUAGUGAAGCUUGCGAUCUGCCCCAAGGAGAUGAGGGGGAAAAAACAUAAUGGUUGGUACUUGGUUGGACUAAGGUUGCUGCCCUAGAGAGGUCACUCAAUGAUGAAACAUCAUGUGGAGGGUGGAAGUUUAAUUCUAGUGGCAUUUGAUCUAUUUAGUUCUUCGUAACAGAGGAUGACCAUGAUGCUCUCUAAUAUGGAAGAAUAGAGUUUAGCACUCUUAAAUUUGACAGCAUACACCUCCAGUUCUAGAGAACAUUGGCUUUUGAGCAUUAUGCUUUUUAGUUUUCUCAUUGGCUGUUUUGCUUGUCUAUUACCAAGGAAGUUGUCAAGGUGUAUGUAUAUGAAAGUGUGGGCAUGGAUUUUACCUAAUCUACUUCAUCCAUCUGAUAUUUAUGCUUUGAUAUUCACAUCGAUCUCAGGCUUUAGUCAUCAUGAAUGCUUUGAUAUUUAUGCUCUUCUUUUGCUUAUGGCAUAUGACACCAACUUUGUGGAGUGAUGGAGCUCUGGGUCCUGGUUCAUGCUGGAGUUAAGGUAAUAAAUUUGACAGCAUAUCUUGGUGAAAUUAAUUUAUUUCUAUUAAUGCUGCUUUGGCAGAAGAAAGCAGUGGUAGAUAGCUUGGGCCUCACUGACUCCACUCAGCAGCAACAAAUGUGCAAUUAUCAUUACCAGAAUAAAUUGAUUUGGAAGCCCCAUGUGAUAGUUUCAGCCGUUGAGCAACAAGUGUCCCAUCUAUCAGAAUUUUUAACUUGCUCAUGAUUGCAUCGCCAUCAAGCUAUUCUCUUCGCUGAGCACUCUUAUCUUCUCCCUCAUGGGCCAGUGUGUGCUCCUGAUGGGAAGUGUGCCAUGUGGAUCACAUGAUUCAAAGAGGCCAGUGUGUACUUGUGACUAAUCAAUACAUUUUAAUAUCUUCCAAGGACAAGUAAGUAGAUGCAAAACAUUUAGGAACAGUAAUUGUACUCUGCUGUAAUUAUUAUGGUUAUAAACUUGAAUUUUAGGAGUUGAAUUUAGGUUUAAUGCUGGUUUAA